UGCGGCUGUGGCGGCGGCGGCGGCGGCCGAGCGCGGGGGGCGGCUGUGGCGGCGGCAGGGGGCGCGGGCCGACGAUGGCGCGGCGGCGCUGAGGGCUCGGGGCGGGAGGCGGCCGGAGGGCGGGAGGAAGCGGCAGCGGUGGCUCCAUGGCCGGGGCGCGCUGAGAGACGCGGCUCUCGCCUCAGCCCGGCGGCGGCGGCGGCGGCAGCAGCAGCAGCAGCAACAGCAGCGGCGGCGGCGGCCGAACAAUGAAGCUCCUGAAGCCGACCUGGGUCAACCACAAUGGCAAGCCAAUUUUUUCUGUCGAUAUUCACCCUGACGGGACCAAGUUCGCAACUGGAGGACAAGGACAGGAUUCUGGGAAGGUUGUGAUCUGGAAUAUGUCUCCAGUCCUCCAGGAGGAUGACGAGAAGGAUGAAAAUAUUCCCAAGAUGCUUUGCCAGAUGGACAAUCAUUUAGCAUGUGUGAACUGUGUGCGGUGGUCAAACAGUGGGAUGUAUUUAGCUUCUGGGGGAGAUGACAAACUGAUAAUGGUGUGGAAGCGGGCUACGUACAUCGGCCCAAGCACAGUCUUUGGCUCCAGUGGUAAGCUUGCUAACGUGGAGCAGUGGCGAUGUGUUUCCAUCCUCCGGAGUCACUCAGGCGAUGUGAUGGACGUAGCAUGGUCUCCCCAUGAUGCCUGGCUUGCCUCAUGCAGUGUGGAUAACACUGUCGUCAUCUGGAAUGCUGUAAAAUUUCCAGAAAUUCUUGCUACUUUGAGAGGUCACUCUGGUUUGGUGAAAGGGUUGACUUGGGACCCUGUUGGCAAAUAUAUUGCCUCUCAAGCCGAUGACCGUAGCCUGAAGGUAUGGAGGACUCUGGACUGGCAGUUGGAAACCAGCAUCACAAAACCUUUUGACGAGUGUGGAGGGACAACUCAUGUGUUACGACUCAGCUGGUCACCUGAUGGGCACUACCUGGUUUCUGCCCAUGCCAUGAACAACUCUGGCCCUACUGCCCAGAUCAUUGAACGGGAAGGGUGGAAAACCAACAUGGACUUUGUUGGGCACCGGAAAGCUGUGACUGUUGUGAAAUUCAACCCAAAAAUCUUCAAAAAGAAACAGAAGAAUGGGAGUUCUGCGAAGCCCAGCUGCCCAUACUGUUGUUGUGCUGUUGGCAGCAAGGACCGGUCUCUUUCUGUCUGGCUCACGUGUUUGAAACGGCCACUGGUUGUCAUCCAUGAACUUUUUGACAAAUCCAUCAUGGAUAUUUCCUGGACUCUGAAUGGCCUAGGCAUCCUGGUGUGCUCAAUGGAUGGCUCUGUAGCGUUCCUAGAUUUUUCCCAGGAUGAGCUUGGUGAUCCCCUGAGCGAUGAGGAGAAGAGCCGCAUUCACCAAUCCACAUAUGGCAAGAGCUUGGCCAUCAUGACUGAGGCUCAACUCUCUACAGCUGUCAUUGAGAACCCUGAGAUGCUCAAGUACCAAAGGAGGCAGCAACAGCAGCAGAUGGACCAAAAGAGUGUGUCAUCCAGAGAGACAGGCUCAGCUACCUCUAUGGCUGGUGUUGUCAAUGGCGAGAGUCUCGAAGACAUCAGGAAGAAUCUUUUAAAGAAACAAGUUGAGACUCGGACGGCAGAUGGUCGGAGAAGAAUCACACCUCUCUGCAUAGCACAGCUGGACACUGGGGACUUCUCUACAGCAUUCUUUAACAGCAUCCCACUCUCAGGCUCCCUGGCGGGCACCAUGCUCUCCUCUCACAGCAGUUCACAACUACUCCCUGUGGACUCUAAUACCCCCAACUCCUUUGGCCCAUCGAAACCUUCUACAGAGCCUGUGGCAACAGCUAGCACCAGGCCUGUGGGUGAUUCUGUCAGUAAAGACAGUGUGAAUGCUACCUCGACUCCUGCUGCAUCAUCCCCUGCCGUGUUAACAACCCCAUCCAAGAUUGAACCCAUGAAAGCAUUUGACUCCCGAUUCACUGAACGGUCCAAAGCUACACCAGGUGCUCCUGCCUUGACCAGUGCGACUGCUGCAUCAGUGGAAAGGUUGAAAGAACAGAACCUUGUGAAAGAGCUGAGGCCUCGGGACCUACUGGACAGCAGCAGUGACAGUGAUGAGAAGAUUCAUGUGACCAAGUCCUCCUCACUGUCCAAACGAAAACUAGAGCUCGAGGUAGAGACAGUAGAGAAGAAGAAGAAAGGGCGACCUCGAAAAGACUCCCGGCUUAUGUCUGUAUCUCUCUCUGUCCAGUCCCCAGCUGCCCUGACCACAGAGAAGGACGCUGUGUGUUUGUCUGUACCAGCACCCACGCUGAAGCUGCCCAUACCUGGCCCUCAGAGAGCAUUCACCCUCCAGGUGAGCUCCGACCCUUCCAUGUACAUUGAGGUGGAGAAUGAAGUUAUGACUGUGGGGGGUGUGAAACUGAGUCGCUUGAAGUGUAACCGGGAAGGGAAAGAGUGGGAAACUGUGCUUACCAGCCGGAUCCUCACUGCUGCUGGCAGUUGUGAUGUGAUAUGUGUUGCCUGUGAAAAGAGGAUGCUAUCAGUGUUCUCCGCCUGUGGUCGCCGCCUCCUCCCUCCCAUCCUCCUGCCAUCCCCGAUCUCCACUUUGCACUGCACAGGGUCCUACGUCAUGGCACUCACUGCUGCAGCCACACUUUCUGUCUGGGACGUUCACAGACAGAUGGUUGUGGUGAAAGAAGAGUCUCUACACUCCAUCUUGGCAGGAAGUGAUAUGACGGUGUCACAGAUCUUGCUGACCCAGCAUGGAAUCCCAGUGAUGAACCUAUCUGAUGGAAAGGCCUACUGCUUCAGCCCAUCACUAUCUACAUGGAACCUGGUUUCUGACAAGCAGGACUCUCUGGCCCAGUGUGCAGACUUCAGGAGCAGCCUGCCUCCCCAGGAUGCCAUGCUGUGCUCGGGACCCUUAGCCAUAGUCCAGGGCCGCGCCUCCACCUCAGGAAGGCAGGCGGCUCGUCUCUUCUCUGUGCCUCAUGUAGUGCAACAGGAGACCACCUUGGCAUUUCUAGAGAAUCAGGUCGCAGCAGCACUCACCCUGCAGUCCAGCCACGAGUACCGACACUGGCUGCUCCUUUACGCAAGAUACCUAGUGAAUGAAGGGUUUGAAUACCGACUACGAGAAAUAUGCAAUGACUUACUGGGUCCGGUUCACUACUCCACUGGAAGCCAGUGGGAGUCAACGGUAGUGGGUCUACGGAAGAGGGAGCUGCUAAAAGAACUGCUGCCAGUCAUUGGACAGAACCUUCGCUUCCAGCGCCUCUUCACCGAGUGUCAGGAACAGCUUGACAUCCUAAGGGACAAGUAGCCUUCCCUGCCAGCCCCAGCCAGCUGCCUCAAGGGUGGUACCACCCUCUCUCCACUGAGGACACACAGAUCUGCCUCUCACACCUUGUCUGGUUACAGUAGGAUGAGGAAACUCUGGCAGGAGGUGGGCUGUCCUGCAACAGCGCCAGCGCUAUCCCAGCUCCCUUGGAAAGACUCCCCCUGCAUCCUGGGCCUGUUGUUCCCUUAGAAGAGAGAAGCUUUGCUUGCAACUCAUCGCUCCUUCCAGGACCUCAAUGCAGAGCUGGGACUGAGGCUCUGCCCUGCUGCCCUGGGAUCAGUGAGGCACUUCCAGACCUGACAUCUCCAGCAUGGUCCCGAAGUGAAUACUGGCCCUGUCACUGCAGGUGCUGUGUUGCUUCAGCUAUGACAAAUGAGCCAUUUCUGAAAGAGAAUCCUGAAACAUAGUGUAUUAUGCAGUCAGUAGACUGACCUGAGACCUAUAUAAAAGGAAAGGCUAUUCCAACAAACGGACUAUUUUUGUACUAGAAUUUUCUGACUUGUAAUAUGGAAUUUUCCUUUUGGCCAAUAAUCAGGAUUUCCCUAUAAGUAACUUGGACAGUGGUCACUUGUAGGAAAUUUAAACUCUAAUUAUGACAGCUACAUUGAAAAAUAAUUGUACUGAAAUUAACUUGUCUAUCUUUAUUUGGUUUUAAUUUUUAAAUGUUUGUAAAAAGAGACUGUUUGGGGGGAUGGGGCAGAAGGGUGGGCAAUUUUUUUUUG